CUUGGAACAUUUGUGGAAGACGUCGACGGCUUGCUUGCCCUCUUAGAGCGGACAGGAACAGUUAUCUCAGGCUCAAGCGCACUGCAUCUAGUACAAGCCAAAGCAAGAUCAGUGGGUUUACGGGACAUGGACAUAUAUGCCACGCUGGAGUUUGAAGAUGAAGUAAUGAAUCACUUCAAAGCUGCAGAAGGAUACAAAGUCACAUCAAAAGGAGGACGAAAGCAAGGGUACGACACAUCAGCGGUCCAAAAGGUAUGCGAGUUGGAUAAGGAAGGAAAGAAGGUAGACAUCAUCAUCACUGACUGGCCGAAUGUCAUCAUGCCGGUCCUACAAUAUCACUCAACAGCCGUCAUGAACUACAUCACAGCGCAUUCACUCGUCUGUCUCUACCCCCAGUGGACCAAGGAGAAAAAGAGUUUAGUGAACCCUCGCAUGUAUUUGGAGGACGGCACCAAUGUGCGAGGUGUGAUGGCAUUGAUGAAGUACGUACGCCGUGGUUUCCAGGUGACUACGGAGCCAUUC